AUGGGUAAAUACAUAUCAUCAUUCCCUCUUCCUGAGAUCGAAGAGGAGCAUGACACCAUGUAUGGAGAGGUAAGGGAAAUAUUUGAAGAGAGAUCUAUAGAGGUAGACCAUGAAUUUGCCUCGGUCAUGUCAUCUCUCAAUCGUGAACAACGGUAUGCUUAUGACAAAAUAUUAUCCUAUGUUGACAGCGGUAAUGGAACUGCAUUCUUUGUUGAUGGUCCUGGAGGGACCGGAAAGACAUUCCUAUACAAAGCUUUGCUAGCGAAGGUCCGUAGUGAGGGAAAAAUAGCAAUUGCUACUGCAACAUCUGGUGUUGCUGCCUCAAUCCUGCCUGGAGGCAGGACUGCACACUCAAGAUUUAAGAUAUCAUUGGGCAUACAAGAAGGAGGAGUGUGUAACUUUACAAAGCAGAGUGAGACCGCGAAACUUCUUCGAAUGGCUUCACUUAUAUUAUGGGAUGAGGUCUCUAUGACAAAAAGGCAAGCAAUUGAGGCACUUGAUAAGAGCCUGAGAGACAUCAUGGAAAAGUCUGAUCUACCAUUUGGAGGAAAAACGAUUGUUUUUGGAGGCGACUUCAGGCAGGUCCUUCCAGUUGUGCGAAAGGGUACAAGAGCACAAAUAAUAAAUGCAACAUUACGCAAAUCUUACCUAUGGGAAAACAUGCAAAAGCUGAGGCUUGUUCGUAAUAUGAGGGCUCAAUCAGAUCCAUGGUUUUCUAAAUACCUACUACGUAUCGGGAAUGGCACUGAAGAAACUGUGAAAGAUGACUAUGUAAAGAUACUCGAUGAGAUAUGUGUGCCUUACACUGGUGCAGAAUCAGACAUUGAUAAUCUUAUUGAUAGAGUGUUUCCUAUGUUAGCAACACACAUAUCCAAUUCAGACUACAUCACAUCUCGCGCUAUUUUGUCAACAAGGAAUGAGAAUGUCGAUGACAUAAACAUGAGGCUUAUCGAACGAUUUCCUGGUGAUGAGAUGGUCUAUCACAGCUAUGAUCUUGCAAUUGAUGAUCCAAACAACUACUACCCUCCCGAAUUCUUGAAUUCUCUAACCCCAAAUGGAUUACCACCGCACAUCCUCAAGCUAAAGGUCAAUUGCCCUGUGAUUUUGCUCAGAAAUCUAGAUCCAGCUAAUGGUUUGUGUAAUGGGACAAGGUUGAUAGUCCAAGCAUUUCAAAGGAACACUAUCGAUGCAAAAAAUGUGCUAGGUCAACAUGCUGGAAAAAGAGUAUUCCUACCAAGGAUACCUUUGUACCCAUCUGAUGAUGAAAUAUUCCCCUUUAAGUUUAAGAGGAAUCAAUUUCCUAUCAGAGUGAGCUUCGCAAUGACGAUCAAUAAAGCACAAGGACAAAUGAUCCCUUAUGUUGGAAUCUAUCUACCUAAUCCAGUAUUCUCUCAUGGUCAGCUCUAUGUCGCCCUGUCGCGAGCAACUGCUAGGAGAAAUAUCAAAAUACUUGCUGCAUCGGAAAAUGAUGCUAGCGUAGAUUCAGCCUGCACACUAACCAAAAAUAUUGUCUACAAAGAAGUCCUCACCUCGUAA